AUAAUAAAAUUCACAAGGGAAGUUACUCUCUUCAACUUUGACAGAUGAUUUCGUAACGUUCUAGACUGGAUGAAACUGGCGUUGUUUAGGGGUAUAUCUCCACAACUUCUACUAGCUCACUUUACAAAUCCGCUGAUUUAUCUUUCUCGCACAAUGGCAGAGGUUAGUGGUGUCUCAGACAUGCGUGCUCCAUAUCGAACUCAUGGGGAUGCCUUUGAUGUUGACGACCUUGUUUCCAGAGAACCAUUUCUACAGUUUAAGAACUGGUUUGAGGAAGCCAAAUUAGAACCAAAUAUUGAGGAAGCAAAUGCAAUGGCACUGGCAACAGCAACAAAAAAUGGUAGUCCAUCUGUCAGAAUGGUACUUAUGAAAGGCUUUGACAAGAAUGGAAUUGUAUUUUAUACUAACUACAACAGCAGAAAAGCUGCAGAGCUGGAAGAAAACCCAAGAUGUUCUUGCAUGUUUUAUUGGGAACAAUUAAAAAGAAGUAUACGAGUUGAAGGGUCAGUAUCCAGAUUGUCUAAAGAAAAAUCUGAAGAAUAUUUUAAUUCCCGACCAAGACCAAGUCAGCUUGGUGCUUUAAGUAGUAACCAGGGCAGUAUUGUAGAUAGCAGAAAGACAAUAAGUGAUAGAUUCAAAUCCUUGUCGGAAACGUAUAAAGAUGAAGAUAAGACAAUACCCAAACCUGACUGCUGGGGUGGAUACCUAGUAACUCCAGAUCUAUUUGAGUUUUGGCAAGGACAAACAACUAGACUUCAUGACAGAAUAUGUUUCAGAAGACAGUCACCUGGAGAAAAAGUUGAUGAGAAAUUAACUCAUAUAGGAGAAGAUGGUUGGGUGUUUGAGCGAUUGGAACCAUAAGUUAAAAACUUGUUCCAAUCUUUAAUGUCUAAAUUGUUUAAAAAUGUUAGAAAUUAUGAAAUUAUUAUUAUUGACAACAAAUUUUUAAGAGUCAAACUGGUUCCUUUGAUACACCGUUUUUUUAAAAGUUUUGGCCAGGUUUAUAAAAGGGCUUCAUGCCAGUAUGACAGCAAUGUAGAAGUAGGCAAAAAAAAAACCUGCUGGAUUGUAGAAUUUUAAAUUAUCUAGGUGUAUUUCAUAAUGUUUAUAUUUCACAAACCAACUGUGGGAGGGCAUGAUAGCCAGUCAAGGUUGUUAAACACCUCCUAGUAGUGGUACAUAGAUUUUGUUUUAUUAUUGUCAUUAAAGGCCAAGUUGCAUUAAGAGACUGAUUUGGCAUAAAAAAUAUGGCAUAAGAAUUUUGAUUUAAAUUAAUUGAUCAUAUUGAUAAGUAAGGCCCAAUACCAAAAUCUUUCAAAUAUUGUGAUUUAAGAUUUUGACUUUUCUUACCCUUCUAGAAAAAAAAUUGAAUAAGUUUUAUCACAAAAAUAUGUUUGUCUUACACUAACAAAAUACCUACUUUUAUUACAAGACCAUGAUUCAUUGGAUUUAAACAAUAAUAUAAAUGUUAAAAAAAAACCAUUCCAACAGAUUCCGUAUACUGUAAAUUCAGAAAUUAUUGCGAUGUUUUUAUUAUUGCUAUAUGCAUUAGAGUUUGAAGUAAAAAAUUGCAUUUUUAAGUUUUAAUUUGCAUAAGUUAAGCAUUUUUAAUUUCUGUCAAUAUUUAUCCAGUCCUACGUUAAGAUACUAUAUUUUGUUUAUAUAUGAAACAAGAAUUUAACCUUGGAUGUUUGAUUCUAAUCUUUUGAAUUUAGCAACAUAUUUUGUUUUGUCAAGGACCAAUGACAACAUUGUUGUCUAUUAUAAUUAUAUUCAAAAGAUAGUUCUGAUCUACCAUUAUAAAUCUAGUCAGAAUAUUUAAAAAAAAUAAAAUAAAUCGGCAAAUGGUUUAAUUUCUGUAGCUUUAAUAUUUUGUUGAUCAAAUUGGUAGAAUAACUACCAUUUAUUGUGCAGUGUUUAAUGCACCACAUAUGCUUUAUUCUUCUAAUCCUAGUUUUAAAAUGAUACAUCUAGGUUAAAAAAUGUUAUUUAUCAUUACUGUGUAAUAGAUAUUGAUAAUUUGUCAUAUACAUGUAUAUUUGCAUGUUACUUUUCAAGUAUCUACUACAUGUAGUAGUAAUGGACUAUGGUUAGUUAUUUUCAUGUGAAGUACAUGUGACAUUGGAUUAUGUAUUAUAUACCUUGUAGAGAUGGUAAAACUGUCUGAUCUUUUGUAACAAUGAAUAAAUAUAUCUGUAACUUUUAUGGUGCAAUUAUGGCUUUUAUUUUUUAAACCAGACAGUUAGUUUAAUCUGAAUUAUGAUAAAGAUUUUGAUAUAUAUAAGUGAUUUAUUAGUAAUUGAUCCAGCAUUCAGAUUAUAAGAUGGAUCAGAGUUCUGAAUUGAAGGUAAAUAAUAAAACUUCAGACACAAGAUACAAUUCCUGCAUAUUAUAUGAGAUCAAUAGCACACUGUGUGAUUAAGGUUUAAUUUAUUUUAAUUUAUGUUAUUUUUUUUCAAUUGCAGGCAAUCAUGAAUUUUAUUUUUUACUACUAGUAUUUUGUUUCUCAGAGAAAUAAAGCAGGUCCAUACUAAAAAACCUUGCUGCUGAACAUUUGUUAAUUAUUUUGAUACAGAGGCAUAUUUACAAUACUGGUAGUGGAAAACUGUCAUACAAAUAUAAGAGUUAGUUUCUCCACAAAUCCUGUUGAUUCCUAGGAAUAUAACGAUCUUUAUUUUUUACUGUUUUUCCUUAUUUAUUGAUUUUGCACUGUUGAUCUCUUUUGAAUUAAAUGAAGUUAUGUAAAUUUGA